UCCCUCACGCGCAUGCGCAGACAGAGGCACAGAAAGUGUUCUCGCGCUGACAGCUGCAGCCCUGAUGAUAUCGACGAACGUGUCCAGCGCUAACAGCCUCCCGCAGAGCAGCAACCCGGGCAAGAAACACAAAAAGAAAAGCAAGAAGCACCGGAAAGCCACCAGGGAGCUCGUCCCCAGCCUGGAGCUCGGGCCCCAGAUCCCGGCCUCAGAUGACUUCUGCCACAUCCUCACCGUCCACAGACCCACCACUCCUCCAGACAGAGCCCCCUCUCCUCCACUAAACCUCUCGCAAAGCCCCCCAGACCUUCAGCCUGUGCCCCCUGUCUCGGUCCCUCACUCUGAACCCAUUUCAAUCGCUCACUCUGAACCCAUUUCAAUCCCUCACUUGUCCCACAUCUCAGCCCGUCACUCACCCCCCAACUCAGCCCCUCACUCACCCCCCAUCUCAGAACCUAACUCACCCAUCAUCUCACCCCCACACUUACCACCCAUCUCAUCCCCGCACUCACCCCCCAUCUUAAUCCCUCCCUCACCCCCCAUCUCAGUUCCAGUCACAGAGCUUCCCUCACAUACAGUACUACCAUCACCAGAGACAACUACUUCUUCCAUAGCUCCUUCCCUUGGCCUACCUUCUGCUUUUUCCACAACUCCACCUACUCCAUUAGUACUAUCCAGUCAGACAACCCCACCACAGGCUCUCAGCCCACCCCCACCAAACUUUACCCCACCUCCAGCAGAACUACUUGGGUCAGAUGAUGAAGAGCAGGAGAAUCCAGCAGAUUACUGCAGAGGAGGCUAUUACCCAGUGAAAAUUGGAGACCUCUUUAAUGGCAGAUAUCAUGUAGUGAGGAAGCUAGGAUGGGGUCACUUCUCCACUGUCUGGCUGUGCUGGGAUCUUCAGAGAAAGCGCUUUGUGGCCUUGAAGGUGGUAAAGAGUGCACCACAUUAUACAGAGACUGCACUGGAUGAGAUUAAACUACUGAAAUGCGUUCGAGACAGCGACCCCACAGACCCGAAACGGGACACAGUAGUUCAGCUCAUCGAUGAUUUUAAAAUAUCAGGAAUUAACGGUGUCCAUGUGUGUAUGGUGCUAGAGGUGCUCGGGCAUCAGUUGCUGAAAUGGAUCAUCAAGUCCAACUACAUGGGAAUGCCUCUGGUCUGCGUGAAGAGCAUCCUCCGACAGGUUCUACAGGGUCUGGACUACUUACACACCAAAUGCAAAAUCAUACAUACAGACAUAAAGCCAGAGAACAUCCUGCUGGAUGUGACGGAUGUAUACGUGAGGCGGCUGGCGGCGGAGGCAACACUGUGGCAGAAGUCUGGAGCUCCUCCUCCAUCGGGCUCUUCUGUUAGCACGGCUCCAAGGGACAAACAGAUGGGCAAGUUGUCGAAGAACAAGAAGAAGAAGUUGAAGCGAAAAGCGAAGCGGCAGCAGAGGUUGCUGGAUGAGAGGCUACACGAUCUGCAGAGAAUGGAAGAAAUAGACGGCCUCGGACCGGCAGAAGGUUCUGGAAACACACGAACACUCUGGAGGCUCAGUGAAAACGGAGAAGAGGCAGACCCACAUGCACAGAUGAAUGGAAACGGGCACUAUCCACAAGGCAUUAAGGGCAGUCCUGAGUCCGGUUCGUACUGUCCUGAGGACGGCUGCAAUGGUUACGGCCCGCUGCGUUUCUCCAGUCCUGGAUCAGCCCUGUCCGGCACGUCCAGCUCCAUCCUGUCUGCUACCUCGGAGUCUGCGCUCUCCACACUGUCCGGAUACUCCACAGAGAGAGACAGCCAGCGGUCACUCUCCUCUCCAAACAAUUUCAGUGCUGCAGAUUUCUUGGUGAACCCUCUUGACCCUCAGAAUGCGGAUAAAAUUUGCAUCAAGAUUGCAGACUUGGGCAACGCCUGCUGGGUGCACAAACACUUUACCGAGGACAUCCAGACACGCCAGUACCGAGCGGUGGAGGUGCUGAUUGGGGCAGAGUACGGCCCUCCGGCAGACAUCUGGAGCACAGCAUGCAUGGCUUUUGAGUUGGCCACAGGGGACUAUCUGUUUGAGCCUCAUUCAGGGGAAGACUACACUCGAGAUGAAGAUCACUUGGCUCAUGUUAUUGAGCUCUUAGGCGCCAUUCCUGCUCAUUUCGCUCUCUCAGGAAGAUACUCAAGAGAGUACUUCAACCGCAGAGGUGAGCUGAGGCACAUCAGUAAUCUGAAGCCGUGGGGUCUGUUCGAGGUGCUGCUGGAGAAGUACGAGUGGCCGCUGGAGCAGGCGGCUCAGUUCAGUGACUUCCUCCUCACCAUGCUGGAGUUCGAGCCGGAGAAACGAGCGACUGCAGCACAAUGCCUGCAGCACCCCUGGCUCAGCUCCUAACACACCUACACUCUCUCACUUCUGAAACCACCACACUCUCACCACUGUCACCGUUAGUGCAGUCUCUACAUCUCCAAGGUCAGUUUGGUACCCUGUCCUCUCCCACAGACACGCGCACUAGUUUCAGAACGUCUUGUCAGUAUUUAUAGCAAAAGACCGAAGAACCCGUACUCUGAGCACAUGGUAUUCUUAGCUAGAACCUCAAAAAAAAAAACUAUGAAUUUCUCUUUUUUAUAUAUAUAUAAAUAAAUAAAAAUAUAAAUCUAUUUAAAGAAGCUUUUGAUCUCUGUUGUUGGAGAUGAGACGUCUGUUGUCUGUCGACGGUUUUCAUCAUAUGGUCAUCUCUAUGUGUGUGUAGGAUGGUCACAUGUUUGUUUAUAUAUAUGUUACAAUAGUGCCUUGACAUGCCCUAAAGUAAAAACAAAAGAAAAAGUGGAAUAUGAAAAAAAAAGAGCAUUCACUUUUUUAUAUAUUUGUUCGCUGUGUGAGGAAUGCUUGUUUGUGAACAUACAGCACUGUAUGAAGACUUGACAAAAUAAAGAUAUGAUCUACUGAACCUGUGUACUACCAACAAAUAAACCAUCACAAUCAAA